AUGGACAGCGAGGCCGCCCCGCCGCGGACGGUCUCGGCGCUGAGGCUCGACUCGGGCUCGGCCCGACGGCUCUCGGUGGCGCGAAACGAGUACAUCCGGAGUGACGGAGCGGCGCUGGUGGCAAAGGCGCUCGAGGCUCGCCCGGGCGAGAUCAAGCUCGCUGCGACGUGCAAGCAUGUGGUGGACGAGAUCAUCGAGUCGGAGAGCAAGUAUGUGGCCGACAUGCGCAUGGUCAUCGAUGAGUUCCGCGAGCCGCUUCUCCGCGGCGCCUUUGUCGACGCCUCGGUCGUCGCCCGUUCUCCGCCGCAUGACCGCAUCGUCGUUUGCCCACACCCGCGGGCUGUCGCCUCGGCCGUCCUCUCCAUGGUCCCGUUCCUCCGCCUCUACGCACACUACAUGGAGCACCAUCUGCGCUCGCUCCGCACUCUCCACGAGAUCAGAGCCCAGCCACGGGUGGCCAAGUUCCUUGCCCAGCGCCGUGAGCUACUCCGCGGCCUAGAUCUGUCAGACUACCUGGUCAAGCCCAUGCAGCGCCUGUGCAAGUACCCGAUCCUCUUCAACCAGCUCCUCAAGGCCAUCCCUGCAGACUCGCCCGACGCCACACUCGUUGCCGACGCCGCCGACGCCAUGGACUCUGUUGUCCGCGACGUCAACGAGAAGAAGCGUGACUCGGAAAACCGCUUCCGCAUGGUCUCCAUCCAGGCUGCCCUCGGCCACGCGCUACAGCUCUCGACGCCGACUCGCAGGUUUGUGGCCCAGCUCAACUGCAGCUACCAGCCCGACGGCGCGACCACACGUCCACUCCAUCUCACUCUCUUUGCCUUCAAUGACCUGUUCGUCCUCGCCAAGCGCUCGCGCAGCCUCCGCCGCCUUGCCAAGGAGUCGUACACACUCAAGCGCGCGGUCGCCCUCGACCAAGUCUCGCUCGCAUGCUCGACCACCGCUGCCAAUGCACUGCGGGUUCUCUCCGACACUCUGGGUGACUCUUUUACCAUCACCAUCAAGCCCACGCCGGCGGGCCGCCGCCCCGCGCUGCUCGGCCGCGACGACGCCUCAUCCGCCGACGGCGACGUGCGGACAUUGGCAGGCCUCGCCGGCGCGCUGGCCGACCACGGCGUCCACGUCCACGCCACCGAGCUCGCUGGCCGCCAGUCGCUGGCUUCGUCGCGGGUGGCCGAGACCGACUCAGAGUCGGGCUACGACGACGUGUUCUUUGAGCCGUGGGAUGCAGACGUCGUGAGUCCGCCGCCGAGCCUCGCCGUUCCAUCGUCGCUCCGCGGCUCGCGGACGCGGUCGGCCUCGCCCGACGCGGUCGCUCCCAUAGCGACCCGAAACAGCAGCGGAGCCGCCGGCGAAAGUGGCCGCCGCAAGACCCGCCGCCUCUCGUUCAACGUAGACUCGAAUGGACCGGGUGCCACCCACCGCAGCCGCUCGCUCACCUUUUCGGCCCGCAGCACCAGCGGAGUGAUGGCGGCAAAUGCCGACCUGGCGCGCAACCUCACCGCCGAGGCCGUCGUUGCCGCCGCUGCUGCAGAGGCCCGCCGGACCGAGCACUCCCUUGUCGACACCUACCUCCGGCGCUGCCUGCACCUCCUUGACAACUCACUUGUUCACUCGGAUGUCCAGUAUGCGCGCAUCAUGGACGGCUUGCUGGCACCUGGCGAUGCGCCGCCGGCUCCCGACGUCCUUCGCCACCAGGCCGAGCGCCGGCGGAAGCUCGCCGCCACAGAUCCAACCCGCCUCCUUCGCAACGCCAACAAGACCGACGCCCACAACAGGCUCAUUCGGCUUGCCUCGCCCUGCCGGCGCUCGGGCGAGGACGAGUCGGACGCCGAGCCAUCGUACCUCGACCUCUACGUCGCCGCCCGUGCCGAGGACGACGGCGGUUCCGAGUCGGAGAUGGAGGACGUUGCCAUCGGCGCGUUGUCUGGCGAUUCGGACAGUGCCGGGAAGAGCGAUGGCGGCGAGGUGCUCGGCGGGACCGAGGCCUCGGUCUUUGAGGGCGAGUCUGUCUCAGUUCUUCCCAUUGGCGCCGCCACCUGCGUCCUCGACCGCGAGCUGCGGGCGAUGCCGGCGACCGAGCUCGAGCGUGCGCUGGCCGCCGCCGCAUCGGGCGUUCGUCUCAUCAAGCACACCCGCGCUGGCGCCGGCCGGCCCGAGUGGCGGACCUUCCGCAUCGACUUUACUACCUUCCGGGUGCUGUGGGGCAAAGGCCGUGUGCCCGCAGCGUGGAAGCAGGCCUCGCCGACCCGCAUCGUUCCCGGCUCCAUUCCGCCGGUACUAGACCCGCCGCGGCUCGCCGCCCGCCUCGAAGAUCUCGGCGCCGACCCGGGAGCAUGGGCUUCAGCAUCGUACGCGCUCGAGGUUCUGACAGCGCCCGGCCUCUCCACCAAGUACCGUUCGCUGGCCGCUCCACCGGCGACUCUCGACGCCGUCGCCUCUGUCGCUGCCGCCACCGACGAGCCCGAGUGGGUUGGAUCCCGGACGCUGUGGUGCAUCGCUGCCUCGGCCAGCGACGCCCGAAUCUGGAGCCUCGCCUUUACCUUUGCCAUCGGCGCCGCACGCCAUCGCAGCGCCGUCGCCGAUGGCAGUGACGAGUAG